UGUAUUAGAGAGAGAGAAAAAAAAUUUAUUCAUUCUCUUUUCUUUCCCUUCUCCUUCCCCUAUGAUAGUUGUGUAUGUUUGUAAUAUAAUUUAAACUUUUUUUAAAUGGAUCCAAAACUCUUUGCAGCUGUUCAACAAGGAAUGAACAUGAACAAUCAACAAAACCAAAUGUUACCUUUUCAACAAGCACAAGCACAACAACCAGACAUGCAACAACAGUUUAAUGCUUUAACUAAUGCUGGUUUAGGUAGCAUGUCUUUUAAUCCUGCUAAUUUUGCAGGUGGAAUGAAUUUUGGUCAAACUGAUUUUAAUGGAAUUGAUCAACCUGAUUUAAAUAAUAUAAAUCCUUUUCUUCAAGCAAAUCAACCUCUUAUGGGUAAUAUGAACUUGAAUGCUUUCCAACAACAACAACAACAAUUACGUCAAAAUUCUCAGCCAAUUUAUUCGCCUCAGUAUGCAAUGCCAUUUGCUGGAAAUAAUCCAGCUGUUCACUUCCAACAAAACAGAAAUAUGUAUCAUCAAAAUGUUGGUAAUAUUAUGCCUAAUACUCCCCAAGCUUUAAUGCUUCAACAGCAACAACAAGCUGUACUAGCUAUGAGUAGAGCUAAACAUUCACCAAGUCAAUCUCCAGCACUUAACAAUACUCAUUUUCCUGUUAAUCCUUCAAUAGGUUCGCCUAUUGUUGAUAAUACUUCUCAUAUGAUAGGCGGAAGAAUAGGUCCUGAAUAUACUACUUCGCCUAUGAAUCCCAAUGUAGGAUCACCUGUACAGAGCCUCCAACAAGGUAAUGGUAUCUCACCAUCGCCACAAAUGAUGCGUGUCAUUCCUUCUCAAGCAAACAAUCGCUAUACGCAACAACAAGGCAAUUUAAGUGAUGCUUCGCCUUCUUUAAAUAACCUUUCUUCAUCUGCUACGUCAUAUGCUUCACCUCAACAACAACAACAACAACAACAACAGCAACAGCAACAGGCUGAUUCAUCCAUAAUUGAAGGUCAAGUAAAUAAAAAUUAUAAUAGAUCCAAUUAUGUACAACAACAACAACAGCAACAACAAUCUUCUCCUAGUCAGCGUUCACUAUCACAACGUCAGUCAGCUACACCAGCUGGAAGUACACAGUCUACUCCACACCAGACACCUCAACAAUUAGACAAUACUACAACUACAGCUCAUAUGAGUCCUGCUACUAAUACAACUUCAACUCCUACUAAGCCUUCUGACACAAUCACUUAUAUACCAAAAACACGUAAUGUCGAAACUUAUGGUGGUGUUGAUCUAAAGUACUUUGAUAAAUUUGAAAUCAAGCCGCUCAUUCCUCAUAUAAAUGAACUUGGUAUCAUUGAUAUUCAGGCACUUAUUUUAUCUAUUAAAUCUGGCAUGAAAAUGGAAAUAACAAAUGCAUUAAAUAUCUUGACAGUUUUAUCAGCACAUCAGCCUUCGCAAUUACCUUUAUCUCAGUGUGAUGACUUAUUGGAUACAUUAUUGGAUCGUUUAGAAGAGGAUAUUUUUGGAGCUUGUAGUAGAUAUAAUCAAAACUCACCCUCAGCAGCAGCAGCAGCAGAAGCAGCAGCAGAAAAGAAUGAAAGUAAAACGAUGAAAGAUUUGAGCUAUACAGACUUAUUUGACAUGUCGUUGGAUGAAAUGAAAAGUUUAAUUCCUCAGUUAGAAAAUUCGACUUCAGACGUAUGGAUUUCAGUUCGAGAACGAUGCUUAUGUAUCUUUAAUUUGUUACGUAAUUUUUCGUUUAUGAGUGAAAAUAUAGAAUAUUUAGCUAGACAUCGUCGUUUGAUUAUUUUACUUGCAAGAGUCAUUACUAGCUCAUGUCAAGUGAGUACGAUUGAAGGACUUGAUACGAGAGGAGAAGAAGCAUGGUUUGUUGGUAUUCGACGUAUGGAUACCUUAGAAUUUCGUAAAAGCAUUUUAAUUGCCUUUUCUAACAUAUCCAUGUUCCUUAAUGCACAAGAUUCAAAGACAGCGACUGCACUUGUUGAAUUAAUUCAUGACUUUUUAGUGAAUGGACCAGACACGUAUUAUUCUGUAUUAGCUAUUGAAACAUGGGCAAAAUUAACUAUUAAUUACGAUAAUCGACAGUUAUUAUAUGCGUUAGUUGUUGAAAAUGAAAAGAUGAUGAAGUUAUUAGAAGAUAUUUGGUUAGAGCUCACUGCUGUUAUUCGACGCGACUUUUUUACUUUAGAUGGCAAUGUGAUGAGUGCCUUAACUACAAACCAAUUGGCUAUGUUAGAAUUAACAGUGAUUGGGAUCUAUAAUAGUAUCGUGAUUACACAAACUGAAUCCUUAAGACAAAGAUUAAUUCAAGUAAAUAAAGGGAUAGGAAUGAUGAUGAUACGAUUAUGUAUGACAUUAGCAGAAUCAGGAAAUCCACAAUUUAGUUUAGUAACCAAAAGAGGUAUGGAAUUCCUUAGAGCACUUAUUUGUGGAGGAGAUGGUAUUCGAAGGCGUAACCGACAACAGACACAAGGACAUGAAACAUCCUCUUUAGAGCAACAAACAGAAGAUAAAGAUCAAAAAUUAUCCAUUUCUGAAAUUGCAAGUCGUGUAUUAGACAUACCCGUUGUAUGUGAAAAAUUAAUGUUAUCCAUGUUAAAGCCUACUACAGAUCCAGAAUUCUUACGCGAAUUAUCAGAUAUUGUUUCUCUAAUAGAUGAUGAUCAAAACAGCAUCUAAAAUUCCCAAUUUUUUUUUAUUUUACUUACUUUUAAUUAAAAAAAAAAAAA